AUGCCCGUGGACGGCCACAAGAAAUCCCGCGCGAAGCACGCGUGCAAGGAGUGCAACUCUCGGCGCAUCCGGUGUAAUGUCACCGAGCGCCACCCGUGCUCCAACUGCGAGACCUCACAGGCGGCCUGCGAAGUGUUGCCCUCGCGGAGAGGCCGGUACCCAAGGAGGCCCAAGAGGCAGAAGCAGGGCGAGGAGGCGUCGUCCGCGACCCCGGAGCCCACGGGCGUCACCGCCGCCGCCGCCGCCUCAGCGACUCCGCCCUCGGCUUUUACUUCCGCCAUGGCAGCGACGCUGGCAUCGCUUAGCACCGCGUCGCCUUCUACCCGGUUACCCAGUUCCGGGGCCUCGCAGACUCCGUUCCGCGUCGAGACGCCCGGGGAGGCGAGCUCGACGACAGGCGCAUCGACGGGCGCAUCGACGGGGGGCAGUCGCUUCUUUGGGGAAUCCAACUUCAUCACCCUCGUCCCGGGAGCCACUGAACCUGGUGGUGAAGCCGUCGUCGGCGACGGAGGCUUGAAGGGCCGCCUGACCUUCCCGGUGGUGCCCCAGACGCCGCAGUCGGACCUCGCCACGUCGCCCGCCAGCGCGAACCACAUCAGCUCAGCGACGGAGCGGUACCUCCGAGAUGAGGGCGCGCUCACUUUUCCCGACACGCAGAGCUGCCUGCCGGCUCUGCGGGCCUACUUCAAGUGGUUCCAUCCGUGCUUCCCCAUCCUCGAUCGCGCCGACGUCGCGCGGCGUCUCGUCACGAUGGACAUCUCGCCUCUCCUGCUGCAGGCGAUGCUGUUCAUCGGGUCGACCUACUGCGACGAGGCGGCCAUCGUCGCCAUGGGGUUCAAGGACCGGUCCGAGGCCAAGAGCGUGACCUACUCGCGUGCACGAGUGCUCUUCCACUCCAACUGGGAGAAGGACGAGUUUACUCUCAUCCAAUCCCUCUUCCUCUGCAGCUUCUGGAGAGGGGGCCCAACGGACUGGAGGGAUGUGAGGUACUGGCUCGGCGCGGUCUUGACCCUCGCUCAAACACAUGGCCUGCAUCGAUCACGCCAAUUUCGCACGAAUGAGGAGGAGAGUCUGGUGGUCAAUCUAUGUAAGAUCGCAUCCAGGCCAACAGCAUCGCCUGACACGGCGCGUCUUGGUCGAGCUGCAGUUGACAGACAUCUAAAGGUUCGUGAACGGCAAGCCUCCGUCUCACUCGGCCUACCGUGCCGGAUCCGUGAUGAGGACUGCGACAUCGAGCCCCUCACCGCCACGGACCUGGAUAACGACAGCGACGAGCAGCAGGCCACCAACUUUGGCGCCUCGGAGGCGGAGCAUAUCCACUACGCGAUAAAGAUGGUGGAAAUCGCACACUUACUUGGGAGAAUCAUGGACACCCAAUUUGCGCCUGGUCGAGGACCGCCCGCUCCGGCCGAGGUUGCAGCCUUGAAGCAGCAACUCGAGAAGUGGAGAGAGAGCUUGCCAGACGACAUGCGCCGAGGACCGGACGUUGGGGAGUCUUCGGUUCUGACGUGUCUGAUACACCUGGCCUACAAUCAUCUUCGCAUUCUUGUGCACCGCAACGGCUGGCUUCGCAACCGGGACGAAGAGGACAAGAAAGUGGCUCUCGCGGCCGCCUGCCGCAUCAGCCGGAUCGCGGAGGACAUGCUUGCACAGAAGACACUGCAGUACGGCCAGAUGCAUCUUCUCACCAGCCUGUUCGCGGCGUUUUGCAUACACGCCAUCGACGUCAAGUCCGCCGACGGCAUCGGCCGGCAACUCGCCGAACACCGGGCGCAGAUGUGUCUCCUCGGGCUCAAGGAGAUCCAGAAGUACUGGCGCAUCAACAACAACGUGCUGGAUCUUUUCCUUCAGUACCUGGACGAAUCCGUCGCCAAACGACUGCACGGCAGCGGCUCGGACUCUGCAGCACCCAGCAACAUCUUGGGCUCGGCGGCGGCGGGCCAGAGUCCCUUCCAGACGUCCGGGACGAGCCCCAUGCAGGGGGGCUUGCUCGCCGCCCAAGAUUCCUCCGGCCAGACGAGACCAGACGCCAUGGAGGACCAGUACUUCAACCUCAUGCGCACCAACUGGGAGGGCGAGGAUGCUCUCGGGGAUCUGGGCUUGUUCCUGGACCCCCAGCUCUAUGCCAAUGGGCCGAUGCAGGUCGAGGGGCUCAACUUCCUGCAGCGUUGCCUAUGA